GCUUUGCGACCAACGGGAGCAUGUUCGCAAGCGAUGGCGCAGCCAUCAGCAUUCACAGCUCCAAAGCCGGAGUUAGUGGGGGAGGCUUCCUCGCCUUGGGGCAGCUCGUCAGCUUUACCAACAGGUCUUCCCUUGUCAUGCAGGAUGUGAGGGCCAAGCAAUACGGAGGAGGCUUCUUGGCGGCCUUUGGCUCGGUCAUCUUUGGGGGCAUGUCUGAGAUGACGGUUGUAGACGGCCAUGCCAGCACGUUGGAUGGUGGAGGCUUUGUUUCCGCAAGGCAGCUUAGGGUGGAUGGUGGUUCGACAAUCAGGCUCCGGAACGUUUCCGCCGGAAGGGUAGGAGGGGGAUUCGCAAUCCGGAAAUCAAGAGCACGUGUCCGGGGUCACUCCAGAGUGAUGAUUUCGGACAGUCAUGCUGACGAAUCUGGAGGAGGCCUCUAUGUAGCGAUCCUCGAGGUGUCCGACAAUGCAGCCGUCAGUAUCCAGAACAGCUCUGCAGAAGUGGCAGGAGGAGGCCUCUAUGUGUGCGGCUGCAACUUGACAUGGCUGAGCCUUGGUGCAGAGCUGGUUGUCGUCAGCAAGAGCUCGUUUCUUAGCAUUCAAGGCACCAAAGCUCAGUUUGACGGAGGAGGGCUCUAUGCUAACGGUGCCAUUGUUGUCGCUGGUGCUUCCAAUGUGGUGGUUUCUGACAGCCAUUCGGUCAGAGGCCAGGGCGGGGGCUUGAUUGCAAAAAGAAAGGUGCAAGUGGUUGAUGGCUCCAUGCUUCGAUUUCGGCAUGUUUCUGCCGGUGACCUGGGAGGUGCCUUCGGGAUUGUUGUGGCGGACGCAGAGAGUGUACUGGUUGCGAACGAAUCAGGCCUGAGCAUUGACGGUGCAACUGCCGGCACGAAUGCAGGAGGUUUCUACAUAGGAUCUGCCAGUUCCAAUGCUGUGGUCACAGGUUAUUCUAAGCUUGUGCUCAGUGACAGCCACGCGCAGAAGGGCAGUGGUGGAGGCUUCAUUACUUCCAGGCUGCAAGUAACCGACCAUGCCACAGUCUUGAUCCACAAUUGCUGGGCCAGUGGCACGGGCGUCUUUGGAGGGGGGUUUCAAGCGGUACAUCCGUACCACGAGAUUCUGGAGACUGUUCUUGUUGCCAACAGCUCUGUGCUCAGCAUGCGUGCUAGCAAGGCAACGGCCGGUGGAGGAUUUCUCUCUGCAGGAAAGGUUUUGGUUACAGACGCUUCAAAACUUGAAGCUUCGGAAUGCCAUGCACGUGAGGGUGGAGGCUUCAGCGCAUCUGCUUUGCAAGUGACUGGUCGCUCUUCAGUAUCUAUCGAAAAUGCCACAGCUACGUCAGAUUACGGAGGUUUCCGGUCGGAGAAAGGGGUCGUGGUCUCCGAUGGCUCGACGAUUAGUCUUCGCGGCACAAUGGCUGGACGAAAUGCAGGAGGCUUCGGGGUUUUUGGACCACUUGUCCUUGCCGGCAGGUCCCAGAUCUCCGUUCGCAACUCCUUCGCAAGAACUGGCUGCUGCGGAGGCUUCUUCGCCAAUCAGCGACUUCCAGACCGUCUGCCUGCGGUGCAAGUGACUGGCGGCUCAGCCAUUCAUAUUGACAAUGCUAAAGCACGACUCAAUGCCGGAGGUUUCCUCGCAGAGGGUGGAGCGGUGAAGGUCGGUGAUGGCUCACAAAUCAGAAUUCAGAAUUCUGCCACUGCUGCAAAUGGUGGCGGCUUCACUGUGGCAAACAAUGGAUUGUCAGUUGUCAACGGCUCGGCCAUCCGAAUUCGAACUGCCACCGCCGGACAGAAUGCAGGAGGCUUUGGAGCCAGAAACCUGCAAGUGACCAGUCGAUCGAUGAUACACAUCAAGCGGGCCCAAGCAAGUCUAAAUGGAGGAGGUUUCUUCGUGCAAGACCAGGCAUUAGUCACUGGGCAUUCCGAGGUAGUGGUUUCCAACAGCCGCGCCAUUGAGGGACAUGGCGGAGGCUUGUCCGCUUCACGAUUGUACUUAACCCAGAACUCCACAGUCGAUGUCCGGACAACUUCAGCAGGACAGCAGGGAGGUGGCGUCUCUGCAUGCGGCUGUUUUCCCAACUCAGCAUCGGAUGUUGUGCUUGUUGCCGAUGGCUCCAGCCUUUCAGUUUGGAAUGCCACCGCUGCCUCUGACGGUGGAGGGCUCUCUGCCGGUGGACAGGUUGUGAUCACUGGUUGGUCCACGGUGGCGGCUUCCUAUUGCCACGCAACAUCUCGAAAUGGUGGGGGAGUGGCAGCUGUGACUUUGCUACUCAAUGACAGCUCAGUUGUCAGCAUCCAGAAAACCACAGCCGGCCAAUUCGGGGGAGGCUUGUACACUGAAGGAAGCACAGUGGUCGGGGCGGCCUCCACACUGACCAUCUCUAACAGCUCGGCCGAACUACACGGAGGAGGCGUGUAUGCUGCGAGCCAGCCACUUGCACCCUCAGGCGCUUUUCCGGGCAAUCUGGUCUUGGAUGGAGGCAUGUUAAUCAUCAGCGACUCCAGGGUGAAGGGCCUAGGGGCGGCAGCCUUUGUGCAGAAUCGUCUCUUGGUGGGAUCUGGGUCCGGCCUGAACGUGCACCACGCAGUGGGCGGCGAUCUUUCCAGUGUGGUAGCCGCAGGGUGUAUGCAGCUCAGCCCAGGUGCGACAGUACUCCUAGAAGAUGUUGUGGGAGGCCACGGCCUCGACUUGCGAAAUGCAGACUGCUCGAGCGCCUGCGCAAAUCGUACAUUCGAGGUCGCCUCUGGAGCGUCUCUGACGGCUAGCGGACAUUUGAGGUCGGGCCUGUUAGCCCUGCAAACCUGCCCCGUUGAAGUCGUCCACCUUUCGCAUAUGCACCUCCUUUCUUGGUCCAGUCCUGUACUGAGCAGCUACACACGGCCACACCAGGUGGUGGUUACCGAUGUCAGCAUCGGCUACAAACCACCGUUGCACGAUGCUCUCAUCUUGGCAGCCAGGGAUGAAUUCACAGUGGAUUCAUUGGAUGUUUCAUGCAAGGACUGUGGGCAUGGAGUUGCUUUUAAUGCAAGCAGGAGCGAACUGCGUGCCCUGAGCACUCCAUCACUUGUGUGCCCGAUGGCAGCAUCGGUAACGAAAGGCAUGCUGCAGAGAUGCGCCUGUGCAAAUCAUCAGACAACCCGGAGGGCAUAUGCUGAUCGUGAGGUUGUGAUGCUGCAAGACAUGAUGCACACCUGUACUUUCUGCAAACCACACACUUCCUUCAUCAACGGGACAUGUCGCAAGUGCGCACCAUACAACGCCUGGUCAGAUGGCAAGUCUGACAGCUGCCACUUCUUGCCGCGGGAUUCCACGCAAUUCGGUGCUCUGUUUGCAGCGUCUGCCAGCUGUGUCUUCCUUGCCUUCGUGUUUUACCAGAUCCUGCACGCUCCGUUGGUUAUCGUAGAUGCAAAAUCACAGCGGAUCCCUCACCCGCUACGGAAAGCAGGUAGGCCCUUCCCAGAUUGGAUGGAGCAGAGAUCCUUUGCCAUGUCCUUGCAAGGCCCCAUUGUCGAUCUCCCACAACUCCUCUCACGGCAGCUCUAUCGGCAGCUUUGCUACCGCGUCAAAGGCACGGGCCUCCAAUGGUUGGACUUCAGUCCUCAGAAUGCAAAGGCAGUGAGGAUCUUCAGUAUCGAGAGCAGCAAAGUUGAAGUACAAGAUGUACAUGUUCCAUAUGAUUGUGCAGCUGCCAUCGGUGCCUUACAUGCUGCGGAACUAACACGUCUGAUGCUGGCACUAUGCGCGGCCUUGUUCUUGGCGGUGUUGCUGCCAGUCGCGGUUCAAGUUGCAUUCAUGUCCGGCAACGGCAUGAUGCAUGUUCUUGUCACUGCUGGAUACUGUGCCCUCCCAGUGUGCUUGGCAGCUCUGAUUCUUCACCCGGGUGUCGCAUGGCUCAUAGACCAGCGAUGCCACAGAACGCCCUUCGCCAAGCUCUUGGAUGAGUACCGGCGCCGCAUCCACUUCGACCCCCACCCAGGCCCGGAUGCAACGCACCCCAGCAAACAAGGUUUGAUGGUCCUGACCUUGUGGGAACUUUGGGGCCAUUUCGAGCCUUUCAUCCUGGAUCGCAACAUGCAUUUUGUGGUGAACAACAUGGUCAGACCUUUGACUCGCGACAAGCAAGUGUCCUUCGUGAGCCUCUGGGGUGGAAGACAGGUGGACUACUUUGUGUCCCAUUCGUGGGGCACAAGUUUCGCACACUUUGUACGAUCGAUUCACUGCCAUGCUCUAUCAAGGGAAGGUCAGCGCUGGAUGGACGUGAGCUACUGGAUUUGCUCUUUUGCCAACAACCAGUGGGAUAUCGAGGCAGAGUUGGGAGAGACCAUCAUGGACAGCGCUUUUGCCCGAACCCUCCGUGGUGACAUCAAAGGUGUGGCCAUGGUCCUGGAUCACGAAGUGCAGCCCCUUACCAGAGCCUGCGCGUCAAAGGGGAAAGUCUGCUGGGCAUUGAGGGCUCUGCCAAUUCCCGAAAUUCGUAAGAUGUGA